AUGGGGUUCAGGCGUGGCGGCCGCCCUGGCGGGCGUGGCCGCGGGCUCGGUGAACUUGGUGGCGGUGCCCGCAGGCUUGCAGGCUCCGGGGCUGCGUGCCGAGCGGGAUGCCGUGCUCCUGCUGCAGGUUGCUGCACAGGAGGUGGCUCCCGAGGCCGCACAGCCUGCGCAGCCGGCGCAGGGAGGGGCUGCAACGGAGGAAUCCCGGCGGCUCUCGGUGAAGGAACGCAUGGCAAGGCUCGCAGCAGCCGGCUUGCCCCCGGGGGCUGUCGGCCACAUGCCCUUGACUACGCCGCCCGCGACCCCGGAGGCCGUGCGGCGAGAUGCCGGAGCGGAUCCGGCCCCGGCUCUUCCAACACUCCGCCUGGAGGGGGAUCGUCAGAUGAGGGAGCUGGAGCUGGACUCCGUGCGCGGCGCCAUGGAGGCGGAGCUGCGCCAGGGCGCCGCGGAGGUCCAGCAGCUGCGGUUGGAGCAGCGCUCCCUGCAGGAGAGCAGCUGGCGAUCGCCAAAGACUGCCAGCAGCGGGCGGAGUACUCCGCGGCCGCGGCCUCGGGCACCGCCGCGUCCCUGUCCUCCGCGGAGGCACGCCUGGCGGAGGCUUCGCAGAUGGCCACAACCCUCAGGCAGCAGCUGGUGGCGAUGACGGCGUCCCGGUCUGCAGAGGCCAUCGCCAUCAGCAGAGGCGUUUUGGCGGUGGCCUACGUGGGGGUCGCUGGCUGCCUGCCCAAAAACCCUUCUGCGCUGGUGGCGGCUGAGGGCGUGUCGCAGCGCCUCCGUGCCGCGUGCCGCCAGAGCGGGAAGGUGUUCGAGCAGCAUCUGCAAAUGGUGAGCGAGAGUUCCCUGAGCGGCUUGAACUGGGAGGCCAUUGAGGCCCAAACGCUGGCGGAGCUAGGUGCAGUGGUUUUGCCAGAUGCCAGCGAGACUCACUCCGCAGCCCAGGCCCACGUGCUGAAGGUGGAGACUGAGGCGAACACUCGGGCUGCAGAGAUCCAGAGGCUACAAUCCGAGCUGCUGGCGCAUGAUCAACGGCUUCAAGAUGCGAGGAAAGCCCAACAAGUGCAGCAGGGGGAAGCCGCCGCUGAGAUCAGCUCCCUGCGGCGGCAGCUGGAGGAAGAAAGGGCCAGUCGGGAAGAGGAGCGACAGAAAUGGCUCGAUGAGGAAGCAAGAAGGAAAGAGACACCAAAUGGAUCUUGCCAUGCGCAUGCCGCGAUGAAUCAUGCUGAAAGCAGUCAAAAUGAGCAGCGGCUGAGGCAACAGAUGCAGGAGCAGGACGAGCGCAGGGAAAGAGAAGAUCAGGCGGAGGACGAGCGCAGACAAAGAGAAGACGCAGCCAGACGACAGCAAGCAACCAGACGACAGCAACAAGAGGAAGAGACUCUACGACAAAAGCAGGAGGAGGACGAGCGCAGGGAAAGAGAGGAGGCAACCAGACGACAGCAACAGGAGGAGGACGAGCGCAGGGAAAGAGAGGAGGCAACCAGACGACAGCAACAAGAGGAAGAGGCUCUGCGGCAAAAGCAGGAGGAGGGCGAGCGCAGGGAAAGAGAGGAGGCAACCAGACGACAGCAAGAAGAGGAAGAGGCUUUGCGACAAAAGCAGGAGGAGGACGAGCGCAGGGAAAGAGAGGAGGCAACCAGACGGCAGCAACAAGAGGAAGAGGCUCUGCAGCAAAAGCAGGAGGAGGACGAACGCAGAGAAAGAGAAGAGGCGGCCAGACAACAGCAAGAAGCGGAAGAGGCUUUGCGACAAAAGCAGGAGGAGGACGAGCGCAGGGAAAGAGAGGAGGCAGCCACACGUCAGCAAGCAGAGGAAGAGGUUUUGCGACAAAAGCAGGAGGAGGACGAGCGCAGGGAAAGAGAGGAGGCAGCCACACGUCAGCAAGCAGAGGAAGAGGUUUUGCGACAAAAGCAGGAGGAGGACGAGCGCAGGGAAAGAGAGGAGGCAGCCACACGUCAGCAAGCAGAGGAAGAGGUUUUGCGACAAAAGCAGGAGGAGGACGAGCGCAGGGAAAGAGAGGAGGCAGCCACACGUCAGCAAGCAGAGGAAGAGGUUUUGCGACAAAAGCAGGAGGAGGACGAGCGCAGGGAAAGAGAGGAGGCAGCCACACGUCAGCAAGCAGAGGAAGAGGUUUUGCGACAAAAGCAGGAGGAGGACGAGCGCACAAAAAGAGAGGAGGCAGCCACACGGCAGAAUCAAGAGGACGAAGCGGGAAUGAGGCGGGCGAGCGAUCUGAAGGCUACUUCCAAGAAGGGCGUUUUUGACGACGCCAAACGGGCCUCUGCGGCCUCGCUGUUCGGCGACGACGACGACGAUGAGGCGUGGGGCUGGCAAAGCUUCGCGGAUCACAGCGCCGUCCCCGCAGCCGUGAACGUAGAGCAUGUGGCCAAGUAUUUUGUGGAUCCAAGACGAGGUUCGCACAAGUACAUCCUGCUUGCGUUGAUUUGUUUGUUCAUUCCAGGGCCCUACUUCCAUGACGGCCUAAUUCAGAGCUUCAAGCUCUCAAUCUGCGAAGACAUGGACCUUUCCAAUUCGGAGUUUGCAUCGCUCUUCGUCGUGAGUUCAUUGACAGGCGUCCUUUGCGCGCCGGGCUCCCUGCUGAUCCCCCGGCUGGGGCGCACGCCCACGGCCAUCGGGGCCAGCUUUCUGGCAGCCAUAGGCUCGAGCAUCACCACGCUGGGAUUUGUGUGGAGAAGCCUCGCUGCGAUGUGGCUCGGGCGCCUUCUCUUUUGGCUGGGCUUGAACGUGUUGCUCAUGGUGCAGACCAUUCUGGUGUACGACCUUUUCAAAGGAAAAAGCUUGAGCUGCGCGAUGACAACGAUCGUGUGCUCCAUCAGAUUAGGAGGCAGCCUGUCUUACCCGCUCUCUGGGCCGCUGCUGCACCAAGUCGGGGUGGUGGAGUCGCUUUGGAUGUCCGUGGCCCUGGUGGUCGGCGCCUUCCUCGCCACCUUGGUCUUCGGCUACCUUUUUCAAUGGACAGCCACGGCCCGCGCGGUGCGGCCCAUGCUGGAGCGCGCCAGCUCGAUCACCGGGCCCAUCGAAUUCGGGUUGGCAAGGCAGAUCUCCAAAAACGUGCUCGUCUUCUUGUCUGGCAUUGCAGCGAUUUGGGGCGUCGUCUUCCCUUUUGAAGUGGUUGGAGAUGACAUGCUCCAGCGAGAGUUUGGGUACUCAGCGGACAACGCCGGGUUCAUCAUCGCCCUUGCCCCGAUGAUCUCUAUCCUGAGCCCCGCGCUGGCGCCGUUCUUGGGCUCCUCUCUGCGGCAGAAGCUUUGGGCCUUCGGUGGGGGGCUGGCGCUCUUGGCCGUGGCCUUCGUGGUGAUCGGCGGCUUCCAGUUGCCGAUCCUUGGGGUGGUGCUGGUGGGCCUGGGCUACGCGGCCGCGGUCAGCGCAUCUUACAGCUGCCUGCCGCUGGUCAUCGCAGCGACCGGAGCUGCGGAGAACCAGAAGAAGUUGGAGAGCCUUGCCGUGGGCAUCAACAUGGCUGGGUCUGGCUCUUCUAUGAUCCUCUCCAACCUGACCAUCGGCUUGAUCAAGGACCAUGCCUCAUACAGAUGGGCGUGCCUCUAUCUGAGCUGCAUGGCCGCGUGCGGCGUCUUCAGCGUGGCCUGGGUUGGCUGCAAAUGCCCCGAGCCCUCCAACGGAUCAGAAUCAGAAGCCGCCGGCCGCGAGUGCCGGGAGCUGGAGGAGACAGAGGUUCAGGCGCCGCACAUGCAUCGCCCCUGCUCUGGCGGAGCCUUGGAGAUUGACGACGAGUACAUUCCGUCUGGUGCUUCGGAGGCAAGCUACGGUAGCUACGAAGCACCCCGGAUGGUGUCUGUGGAGCCCUGCCGCACGAAGGGCCGUCGCCUGGUGGCGCAGCGGGGCUUUGAGGUGGGCGAGGUGGUCCUUGAGGAGCAGCCCGUGCUGGAGAUGCCCGACGACCGGGUCCUCGCAGCUUCGGGCCCUGUCCAGUCGCGCUGCGCGGCGGCCUGGCGCUACCUGCGACAGGAGGCGCUGGCGCAGCAGAUCCUCUCGCUGGAUCUGUCCCAAGGAGCCGCCGCCGCCCGCGCGGAGGAGCUGCAGGAAGCCUUGCAGGAGGUGAGCUCCGGUGAGUGGGAGCUGGCUGCACACUGUUUGGCCGUCCUCAUGUCCAACUGCUUCCGCUUCAAAGGCGACAGGUGCCAGGUCACCGCCCUCUUUGGGACCAUCAGUCGGGUGAACCACUCCUGCGAGCCCAACGUACGGAUGCAGCUGGAAGUUGGGCUCGGGCGGUUGGAGGCUGUUCGUCGCAUCGAGGUUCAGGAGGAGAUCCUGCUCUCCUAUGGGGGCUGGGACACGGCUUUCCUGGCCCGCGCACCACAAGAUCGCCAGGAGUAUCUACUUGGCAACUGGGGCUUCCAAUGCCGGUGCACACGCUGUGAAAAGGAGCUGGCAGGAUGA